AUGGACGCAUGCCAUUUAUUGCUAGGAAGGCCAUGGCAAUAUGAUAGAAAUGCUCAUCAUGAUGGAAGGAAGAACACCUAUAGCUUUUUGGUGGAUAAUGUGAAACUCACUCUUUUGCCUAAUCUGGGAGACAAACCUAAACCUUCUAAAGGGGCGGGCCAAAAUGUCUUGGCUAAGAGGGAAUUCAUUAAGGAGAUGUGUGAUUCCAAUCAAGUAUAUGUCCUAGUUGGGAAGGAGUGCACUCCCACUGAGGAGGAGGUCUCGGAAGCAAUCAAGGGAUUGGUGGAGGAGUUUUCCGAUGUGUUCCCGGAAGAAUUACCCAAAGAGUUACCGCCUCUUCGCGACAUUCAACACCAAAUCGACUUGGUACCCGGUUCUAAUCUCCCCAACCGACCACACUACCACAUGAGUCCCAAGGAGCAUGAAGAGCUAUGCCGACAAGUAGAGGGGUUACUAUCCAAGGGUCAUUCGGGAGAGCUUGAGCACAUGUGCAGUUCUAGCUUUGCUUUCACCUAA